AUGUCGGUUAAAGACGAAUAUGAAGCUGCUGGUCAGGCACACUUGUUUUAUCAUUGGGAAAGUUUGUCCGAACAUGAACGAGAGCAACUUCUAUCAAAUUUGGCUCGAACUGACCCAUUAAAGCUGAAGGAGUGCUACAAAGAGGCAGUUCGGUUGGUUGAAGGUAAUGUUUUGAAUAUGGAUGAAGUUCAGCCUUUACCAAAGGGCUCAUACGAGUCAGUUAUCGACAAUUCUAAGGACCUUAAUUCUCGGUAUGAAUCAUUAGGGAUGGAGGCGCUGAGGAACGGUGAAGUGGCUGUGGUGCUUAUGGCAGGUGGACAAGGCACCAGAUUAGGAUCUUCACUUCCCAAGGGUUGUUACGAUGUUGGACUGCCAUCUAAAAAAUCGUUGUUUCAGAUACAAGCAGAGAGACUGCAAAAGUUACAAGAGUUAGCCGGAUGUUUGAAACCAAUUCCUUGGUAUAUCAUGACCUCUAAACUAACAAGAUCCGCCACGGAAGAAUUCUUCAAAAAGAACAAGUAUUUUGGUCUGAGUGAAAAACAGGUCAGGUUCUUCAAUCAAGGGACGGUUCCCGCAUUAGAUUCGUCUGGUGAACAUUUAAUGUUAGAGUCAAGGACUGAGCUAGUUGAAUCUCCUGAUGGCAACGGGGGUUUAUACCGUGCGCUGAAGAAUAAUAAAAUAUUGGAAGAAUUGUUAUUGAAUGGUAUCAAGCAUAUUCAUAUGUAUUGCGUGGAUAACGUUCUUGUUAAACUUGCUGAUCCAGUUUUUCUGGGGUACGCAAUUCAUCAUGGCUUUGACGUGGCCACCAAAGUCGUGAGGAAAAGGGAUGCCCACGAAUCAGUGGGCUUAAUUGUUUCCAAGAAGCAUAAGCCCUCGGUUAUUGAAUACUAUGAAAUAUCAAAGGAAUUGGCAGAGGCUAUAGAUGAGUCAUGUGGGCUAUUGAAACUGCGUGCUGCUAAUAUUGUGAAUCAUUACUAUUCUGUUGCAUUACUGAAGGAAAAGUUGGAUUUAUGGUGUGAACAUAUGCCGUAUCAUAUAGCAAAAAAGAAGAUUAACUACUAUGACGCAGGAACUAAUAAAAUAAUGAAGCCUGAUAAGGUAAACGGUACCAAAUUAGAGCAAUUUAUAUUUGAUGUUUUUGAUACUAUCCCUAUUGAUAAAUUUGGCUGUUUAGAGGUAGAAAGGUCCGAAGAAUUUUCUCCAUUGAAAAACGGUCCUGGAUCUGUCAACGAUAACCCAGAAACAGCACGUCUAGCAUAUCUACGUUUAGGUACCAAAUGGUUAAGAAAUGUGGGAGCCCAUGUUGAUGAAGGCGUACUCGUAGAAGUCUCUAGUUCUUUGUCAUAUAAUGGUGAGUCUCUAGGUUCUUACAAAGGCAAAAGUUUUCACAAGUCUGGUGAGUACAUAGCUUAA